CUUGGAGCUUGAAAUUUGGAACUUCAUGCACAUGAAGUGCUGAGCCAGACUAUUCGUACCUUGCAACUCCUAUAUACCAAGCCUACACAUAUUGUUCUCUCAAUCUCGAUACCUGGAGGUGUUUUUUUUACCGUAUGUCCGAGCUCAAGGCACGCAAGCGCAAUCUGAAUGGACCUGGACACCACAUUUUGCAAGCUGGUCCUGACAAGCAACGGAUGACGCUUUCCUGGCACGAAAUACCAGAAUGGCAGAGGGAUAACGAGUAUAUUUCAAUGGGCUACAGACGAGUGCAGAACUGUUGGUCAGGUUGCAUUGCAUCUAUCUACAGUUAUCCUCAUAACGAAACUGUAAACAUCCUCAGUCAUCUGGCUGGCGCUAUGGUCUUCCUUUGGAUUCUGAUGACAUUCCACGGGCAAUAUAUCUUGGCGUAUAGCACUGCAACUUGGCUGGAUACUUCUGUCUUUGCUAUAUUUUUACUCUCUGCAGUGUUCUGCCUUACUGCGAGCGCCAUGUUCCACACUGCCACUUGUCAUUCGGCACAGGUGUCGACCCAGUGCCAUGCACUGGACUACUCGGGGAUCGUCAUCCUCACCGUCGGAUCUUUUGUACCAUGCCUUUACUACGGAUUCUACUGUGAACCAGCCUUGCAAGCCUGUUAUCUAUGUUCCAUCGCACUAGUUGGCGCAGGUGCAGCAUAUAUCGUUCUCAACCCUGAAUAUGCAAAACCAACACAUCGAGGUGCACGUACCGGUGUUUUCAUUGGUCUUGGAUUGUCCGCUGUGGUCCCAGUUGCUCAUUUAUUGGUAUCGCAUGGGGCAUCGAAGCUAUUUUCCGAAAUGGGAUUUGGUUGGCUGCUCGCAUCAGGCGGACUAUACAUUACGGGCGCGUUGAUUUACGCCAAUCGCAUACCGGAAUGUCUGGCCCCAGGGAAAUUCGACUUACUCUUCGCAUCACAUCAAAUAUUUCACUUCUGUGUGGUUCUGGCCGCUCUGGCUCACUGGAUGUGUGUAUUGACUGCCUUCGAUCAUUGGCAUUCUGGCUUGACCGGAUGGAAAUUGUGACAUGCUGGUGUUGCGUCGCUGCGUCGUGGGUAUUACGCUGUGGUUGGACAGCCCUGGGAAAAGAUUUUGUCGGAACAUGCCCCAAGUCUUCGCCUGUACAGCAGGGCUCACGGCUCCGGCGGAGUCGUUAGCGCGGAAACAAAAUGCACGUUGCAGGGUGUAUCCGUAAGCCUAAUGAAAGUUUGGUCAUCCUUAU